CCGAGGCAGAUUUACCCGCCUCUCCCCAGCGACUGAGGGCGGCGCAAGUUCCGGUGGUCUGGAGACCUCAGCCCUAGCGGUUCCGCACAUGGUGCUUCCAGGGAGAGCCAUGGCCACUUUCCGCUUGGCCCUCAUCCAGCUGCAGGUUUCUUCAGUCAAGGCGGAUAAUCUCACUCGAGCCUGUGGCCUUGUCCGGAAGGCAGCCACACAAGGAGCAAAGAUAGUUUGUUUGCCAGAAUGCUUUAAUUCUCCAUAUGGCACAAACUAUUUUCCCGAAUAUGCAGAGAAAAUUCCUGGUGAAUCCACACAGAAGCUUUCUGAAGUAGCAAAGGAGUGCAGCAUAUAUCUCAUUGGAGGUUCCAUUCCUGAAGAAGAUUCGGGGAAGUUAUAUAACACCUGCCCCGUGUUUGGGCCUGAUGGCACUUUACUGGUAAAGCACAGAAAGCUCCAUCUGUUUGACAUCGAUGUUCCUGGGAAAAUUACAUUUCAGGAAUCCAAAACGCUGAGUCCCGGUGAUAGUUUCUCGACCUUUGAGACUCCUUACUGCAGAGUGGGCCUGGGCAUCUGCUACGACAUGCGCUUCGCAGAGCUGGCACAGAUCUACGCGACGAGAGGCUGCCAGCUGUUGGUAUAUCCUGGAGCUUUUAAUCUGACCACUGGACCAGCUCACUGGGAGUUGCUUCAGCGAGGCCGGGCUGUUGACAAUCAGGUCUAUGUAGCCACGGCAUCUCCUGCCCGAGAUGACAAAGCCUCCUAUGUCGCCUGGGGACACAGCACUGUCGUGAAUCCUUGGGGGGAGGUCCUGGCCAAAGCUGGCACUGGAGAGACGAUCGUGUAUGCAGACAUAGACCUGAAGAAAGUGGCUGAAAUACGGCAGCAAAUCCCCAUUUUUAACCAGAAGCGAUCAGACCUCUAUGCCGUGGAGGCAAAAAAGCCCUAAGAUUAUGUCUCCAAUGUGCCACAAAAUAGGAAGCUGUGUUUCUGCAACAUCAUGAAUUUCCUGCUGAAUCCUUUAUUGGAGAUCCUUUUCCUAACUGGGAACUCUGUGUUACGAUGAGGAACUUCAGCACACUGGUACUCUCCACACCGUGUUAAAUAGUCAAAAAGGGCUAGGCUGGCAUUGAAGGGCAGAAGGAGAAGGGGGCGGCUCUAAACCUUAUUCCACGCUUACGCUGCUUGUGCGCAGCUGGUAAAAGUAUCAGAUUUGGGUAUUCUGGUGGUUGAUUCACCGGAUACAAAUGUAUUUGCAUCAGAAACUUCUUAUCCCAUUGCUGGAAUUGGAAUCCAUAUGUAGGAAACUGGCAGUCUCUUUCCAGCAGUACCUUCAGUUAUGUGUUUGGUCUGUGAGUAGCUGUGGGAGCCGAGGUGAUGGAUCCUUGGCGUUUGCUAGAGGAGAUGGCGGCCCCUGUAGCAGCCUUCAGGAAGGAGCUAGAGAGUCAACCGCAAACCCUCCUGGCCUUAGGGAAAGAUGGUGUCACCAGUGAGCCCGUGGGAGGAGGCAGUGGCAGCAUUUGGUCUGCCUCCACAAAAAAGAUUUUUCUUGAUUGGAGUGUCUGACAGUCUCUCUCUUUGUUUUUUCCUCCCUAGUAAUUCUGCCUUCCAAAGGCAAGUUUGUAGCCUAGUGGUUCUCAGAAUUCUUUUGCACAAUUGAAAAUUAAGAAUUUCAGUGAGUUGUUAUUUAUGUGUAUUAUAGCUACCAGUGAGCUGGUAGAUGUUGAACAACCAGCUGUCUAAGAAAAAGCCCUGAUUUUGUAGAGCAUUUGCCAUUUUCUGUGGUGUAAAUACUUCCACCAUGGCCAGGUUCCAUCUAUCAAUAUGACACCUCUACACAUAGAGUAGGGAAUAUAUGUGCCCCAUCUGACACAUGUGUACAUCCAGGAAACCCCUUUCAUCAAGGUUAUGAUCAUACCCACCACCCCCAAACGUUUCCUUGUGUUCUUUUAUAAUUCCUGUAGCUAUUCCUCUUGUUCCCAGGCAAUUACUGAUUGGCUUUGUCACUGUAGAUUAGUUUGAAUUUUAUAGAAUUAUGUGAAAAUGGACUCAUGUUAUAUCAAUACAUACUUUUUGUCUUUCAUUAUCAUUUGGAGAUUUCCCCAUGUGUAUGCAUCAUUAAUUCCUUCCCUUCUUAUUGCUGAGUAGUAGUCUGUUGUGUGGAUAUACUGUCAUUUCUCCACCUGUUGGUAAGCAUUUUAGUUUCCAGGUUUUGUCUGUUACAAAUAAAGCUUCUUGUACCAGU